AUGCCAAGCAUAACGCAUCUUUAUUUAGGCAAAAAUGAUCUUGAAUCGGUGGAUUUCUUGAAAAAUUUUCCUCAAAGUUUAACUCAUUUGGAUCUGCACGCCAAUGAAAUACAUAGUUUCGAUGUUGGCAAGCCUGCCAAUCGCUUAAAAGUUUUAAAUUUCAAUGAAAAUAAAAUUAAUAAAUUGUGUGGACCUCAUGAUCAAAUUUAUGACUCUGACUGCUGGGGAAUGAGAUUAAGAAGGCUUAAGCAAUUACAAUGUUUGUCGAUUGUCAACGUAGGCCUAGAAUACAUCGCAACAGAUUCGUUAGAAAAUUUGUCAGAAUUAAUAUAUUUAGACAUGUCUGAGAAUAAAAUUAGUGAAAUUAACAACGCAUUAAAUAAUUUAGUUCAACUGAAGACACUUAUUUUGGAAAACAAUCAAUUGAUUGAUAUUCCUAAUAUAUCGAAUCUUAAAAAUUUAGAAUAUUUCUCAGUUUCAAAUAAUAAUCUUACUUCUUUAAAGAGAUACAAUUUUGAUAAUUUAUUGAAUUUGAAAAUAUUAAAGCUCAGUCAUAAUGGGUUGACUGAAAUCAUCCCAGGAACAUUCAAUAAAUUAGUUUCAUUAGAAGUAUUAGAUCUUUCUUCAAACAAGCUUCAAAUUUUACCGAAUGAUUGGAUCACUCCGAAAAUAAAAUUAAAAUACUUGUUCUUGAAUGAUAAUUUAUUAACAAGUUUUCAGAGUUCGUCAAUUAUCAAAAUUAAAACUCUUCAACACUUGAACAUUGGUAAUAAUCCACUGAGAUUUAUGAUAAAUUUACAAACACUUUGGUCUCUACCCGAAAAUCUGACGAUGGAUGUUGAAGUUGAACAAUAUUUUGAAUUACCAUCAAUGCCAAACAUGAGAAAUAAAAUUUGGACCGACGAAAUACGAACCAUGACCAUGCGAGACUUCGAUUAG